UGUUAGUGUUUAUUGUAUCGGAGCUGGAGGCCCAGAGCAGAGGGGCAGAAGGAGGUGUGUGCGGGCAGGACGGGCUGAUAAGGUUAAGUCUCUGUCUUACAAAAACCUCGUUCAUUCGGCUGCAGCGGCCUGACUUCUGUUGAGAUGUUUAACCAACAACAGCAGUUCCACCAGCUGAUGCAGCUUCAGCAUCUGCUACAGCAACAGCAGCAUCCAGCGCAGCAUCAUCCUACACCCAGGUCUAUACCACCUUCUGUACAGCACCAGCAGCCUCAGCAGAUGCUGAACAUACGGGCAGCUGCCCCAGCGAGACUUAUAAAUACUCACCCUAUGUUACAGCGGGCACUUCUCAUGCAGCACAUGCAAGGUAACCUGCGCAGUCUGAGCAUGGCAGCCCCCACCAUGUCUCCUUUCUUCACUGCAGCUGCAAGGCAGUCCAUCCUUGGCACCCCCCCAAUGGGAGUAACUGUGAAGGCUCCACGAGUGGGAUUUCCUGGACUCCCCUUCCAGCAGCCCCAGCGCAUGUAUCACAAGGAUCAUCAUAGGACCUAUGAUCGCAAAAAGGAUGGGGAGCAAAGUGUGACCCCUCACAUAAAAACCGAUGAUGAAAAGCAGGGUGAGAAGGGAGAAAUGGAUCUUCCUCCAGCAGCUUCUGAGGCUGAUGAGGAGUCUGAAAAUCUAACAGAAUGCAGUGUUACAGACCCAAGCGAGCCUUCAGCCAAGCGAGCAAGGAGCAGCUCAGAGGAUGGUGCCGGGGAAUGCCAUUUUCAUGCAGGAGAGAUCUCGGAAGAGAGAGAAGGAGUUGGAGAGCGCAGUGUGGAGUCACAGCCUCCUGAGGGGAUGAGCGGUGGGCGUGCUCUGAAAGUCACUAUUCAGCAGAGGAGUGAAAGUCGGACGAUUAGUACCACAGACUUGGUGCCUGCACAUGUGGAGAGAGGAUUUACCUCCAGUGGCUCUGGGCAGACUGGGCCAAGGUUCUGCUGCUACAUCUGCAAGUCCAACUUCCAGAGCUUGCAGGCUUUCCAAUCACAUCUGGUAACUGCCCGUCAUCACCAGCGUUUCCAGGCGAUCCAGCAUCUGAGCAAUGCCUGCCUGGUUACUCUGAUGCCCACGGCCAAAGACCCGCAGAGCAGCACAGCAGGGAGAGAUGGAAAGCAGCAGCAGAGGUGGUGUAAUGUGUGUCAGGUUCACUUCAGCUCUGACCUAAUCACCCAUUUGCGCACACAGGAACACAAGCUGGCCAAGCGAUCCUUAAGGCCAUUUUGUACCGUCUGCAGCCGCCAUUUUAAAACCCCUCGCAAGUUUGUAGAGCACAUGAAGUCCCCUGAGCACAAGCAGAAAUCCCAGGAGCUCAGGAUGCAGGAAAAGGAGUCUUGGAGCCCGGAGGAGUCAGAAGAGCUGAUCACAGUGGACGCUGUGGGAUGUUUUGAGGAUGAGGAGGAGGAUGAGGAAGAGGAGGAUGAGGGAAUCAGUGAAGAUGAAACUGCUGGGAAUGUGCAGUGUCCCCUUGCUGACCUGGAACCUGUGAAAGAAGAUGUUGAGGAGUAUAGCUCAGAGAAAGAAUAUGGCUUGGACUUUAUGGUGCCCGUCACUGGCUAUCUCUGCAGGCUGUGUCACAAAUUCUACCCUAGUGACUCUGCUUCCCGGCUCACACACUGCAAGUCCCUGAUGCAUUUUCAGAACGUUCAGAGGUACAGCUCUACAAAGGAUGCUGUGAAUACAGCAGAGGCUUCCACUUCAUGUUCCUCAAAACCAGAGAGUCUGGAAGGGGUUGAAGCAGGGACCUCCUUUUGCUUGGAGAACACUGAAUUUGCUGAACAGAUGGCUACCAUCCCUGAAUCUUUACAGGCGGAGAACAGCCAAGGAGAAAGCUACCUAGAAAAUAAACAAAAAGUGUUGCUUGUUGCUGAGGGAAGUGGUGCCACCACAGGCAUGUCUGGGAGUGCUGUGGGCACAAAGGAAGGCUCCCGGGCCUUGCUGGAACCAGAAAGCAUCCUCGCUCAGGGUGAAAAGGAUGCAAUCAAUAAUGAAGACUCUGGAGCGAUCACAUUCCAGGAGGAGACUGCCUUCUUAGGCUGCCAGCGCUUAUAUAGACAUAAACCCAGAUAGACCAACAUUAGGGCCGGUUCCAGACUGCAUAUCUGGGCACAGAGACCAUCAUUUAAUCUUAUAAUCUCUUUGUAGGGUAAUCAUGGGAUUGCCAUGAGUCAGCACUUUCUUCUCCUAUCUUUCUAGUCCUUAAACCAUUGGAACCAUUUCUUGGAAAUGUUUUAUUAAAAAUACAUGAAACCCUCAUGCAGUGUUUACAGUACCAAUGUGUCCUGGCACAGAAAUGUCUUCACUACCUGGAAUAUGGCAGCCCAGAACUGCCUGAGCGAACCAGGCCUAUAAUUGCACUAGUGUUUUCCAUGCCUUGAGUCCUGUGCCCAUACAUGGCUUUGUUUAUCUAUUUUCGGUAUAAUGACAAUUUGCAGUUAGUCUUUAUUUUAUAAUGGUUUCUGGAUUAUUUAGCUUUGUGUUCAACAGAUUUCCGGCUUAAUGUUGGCAGCUUGCCUGGUUGCUAUGAUCUACUUUCUCCUAGCAACCAGACAGGGGUUUGAAUGAGAGACUGGAGAAGAUGAAUUGAAUAGGAAUAAAGUUGUAGCUUGACACAGCGGUAGGCUUAUUGGCUGUGGAGGGACCCCCAACACACAUCAAUUUAACAGUGGCCCUUUCUAUAACAUAUUAACAUUUAACCUAAAAGGGUAAUUCACCUUUCUCUUUUAGUAUGAUGGAAUGAUAUUUCGAGAUGAAUUUCAUUAAAAUUGGUCUUCAUUUUUUA